AUGGCCCUAAAAUGUCGAACUAGCGAGGAGUAUGACAAUGGCUAUGAAGAAGGAGGCGGUUCCUCCGACGAAGACGAGCAAGAAACCGCCGACUUGGGCGGCCUGCCGGUCCCCGAGACCGGCAGCCCGUCCGGGGAGGACAAGGAGCUGAAGAACCGCCUCCUGAACAAGUACAGCGGCUACCUGAGCAGCCUCUGGAGGGAGCUCUCGAGGAAGAAGAAGAAAAGCAAGCUGCCGAGGGACGCGCGCCAGAAGCUCCUCCACUGGUGGCAGCUGCACUACAGAUGGCCCUAUCCCUCGGAGCUGGAGAAGGCGGCGCUGGCGGAGUCGACAGGGCUCGACGCGAAGCAGAUCAACAACUGGUUCAUCAACCAGCGGAAGCGCCACUGGAAGCCGGCGCCGCCGACAAUGGCGCUGGCCACAGCAGAUUACAGGCUGGGACCACCGCACGGCGGCAGCGGCGGCGGCGGCGGUUCUAGCAGCUCGGCCUCCGCCGGUCUCCGCGUGGUGGGGCGCCAGUACUUCACAGGCGAAUGA